UAAUCUCGGCGUUUUGUCGUUUUUAGUGUUUUUUACCUCUAUUUAUUCAAAAUAUAUUUUAUGGUCUAAAUGUCGACUUGUCGUAGUGUCGUAUUGUCAAUUAUACUGUAUAGUGUAUAUCGUCCGGUUGAUAUUUGCAUAUUAAUUUAAUCUUUUAACUAUGGCCGGUACUUACUACUUACUGAAAAAAAUAGUAAAUAGUCAGUUGUCACUAUAAUUUAAUAGUUCUGAUUUACUCACCAUUGGACACGGGACAGUUUUCAUUAAGGCACUAAUCCCAGUGAGCUGUCUCAAAUUCUAAAUCAUCGUUCGACACUGAUACCACAAAAUAGAAUAAUUUUAUUAGAUUUUUUUUGCUGAUAUCUUGUAAGUUAAUAUUUUGUUUUUUCAAAUUGUUGUUGUUGACAUUUUAUUACGUGUCAAUUAUUAUUAUUUAAAUUAUUAAAUAAGUAAAUAGUAACAACUAUUUAACAAAGGAUGGCCAAUCGUACGGUAAAAGAUGCAAAAACUAUUCAUGGGACAAAUCCUCAAUAUUUAAUUGAAAAGAUCAUACGGUCUCGUAUUUAUGACAACAAAUUCUGGAAAGAAGAAUGCUUUGCUCUGUCUGCUGAAUUGCUGGUGGACAAAGCAAUGUCAAUGCGAUUUAUAGGAGGAGUAUUUGGCGGUAAUAUAAAACCCACUCCUUUCUUGUGCUUGACAUUAAAGAUGUUGCAAAUACAACCUGAAAAAGAUAUCAUUGUGGAGUUCAUAAAAAAUGAAGAAUUUAAAUAUGUCCGGGCACUAGGAGCGUUUUAUAUGCGCUUGACAGGCUCGUCAGUAGAUUGUUACAAAUAUUUGGAACCAUUGUUGGCUGACAGUCGUAAGUUAAGAAGACAAAAUCGAGAUGGCCAAUUUGAGCUUAUACAUAUUGAUGAAUUUAUUGACUCACUGCUACGAGAUGAACGUGUUUGUGAUGUUAUAUUACCACGUAUACAAAGCAGACACGUGCUAGAAGAAAACAAUGAAUUAGAACCCAAAGUGUCUAUACUUGAAGAGGACAUUGAAGAAGGUGUUGAAUCAUCAGAUGAAGAAGAACCUACAGAGAAAAGAAGGGAAAAGGAAAAUAGGAAUAAACAUUCUCCGACAAAAGAAAAAAGAAGAGACAGAGAGCGUGAAAAGAGGAAUAGAGAUAGAGAUCGAAGAGAUCGUGAUAGGAACGAUAGAAGAGAUAGAGACCGACAUAGAAGGAGUAGAAGUCAUGAUCGAGAUCGAACAAAAAGACAUAGAUCUAGAUCACCUUAUAGAAAGUAAAACAACAUUUUUAUUUGUAUACAUGUAUAUUUUUUUUAACAAAUAAAUAAUUUUAAUUCAAUCAAA